AUGAAGCUGAUACCGGACCUCAAGGUUUCCAGAAAGGAAUUGCAAGACUGGGCCGAUAAUCUAUCGUGGGCGCCAGAUGGAACUCUAUACAUUACGACUGUCCCGGACCUUACUGUAUGCCAGCCUGUGUACGAGGAUUCCAAUCAUACCGGCAGCAAAGGUCUAUUCCAUGUCAAAGAAUAUCCACUCCCGCUCAAAAAUAAAUUAGAAUUUAUGCUUGCACAAGAUAAUACUUUGUUAAAUUCAAUUCCCGACAGUUUCGUGAAGCGUUGCGAAGCCUCUCCUAUAACAAACCUCCUGGCUGUCUUGACAAACAAUGGAAACGCAUGUAUAUUUGAGGACGAUAGAUUGUUGUUUCUGCUUGAUGAACCUGAUAGAGAACUAAAAAACCGUACCUACCAUUCAUUGGCUUGGAGCCCCUGUGGAAGACUCAUUGCCGUUGGUAAUGAAUGCGGGGAAGUGGUCACCUUCAAAAUCACCGAUGGUGCAGUUGAACGAGAGUGUGAGCACCAAGCAACGACAAAAGUAGUGGAUGAUCUGUCAGUAUGGGUUACGAGGAUAAAAUGGUCGGGGCAAAAUCGGGUUGUUGCUUUAAGUGACAAUUCAGUCUUCCUCAUAAAGAAAGACUCUUCAAUCGUCCGACUCAUUGAACCUUCCAGAUUUAGCGUGUUCGAUUUUUGCGCAAUAAAUGAUAGUGUUGUCAUUUCCCGUAUGGGCUCCAUUUUCAAAUACGACGUACUUGAAGAAAAGACUGAUUCGCUUAACUGGAGUGGCUACGAAAAGGUCAACAUUGUCCCCAUCCCUGAGCGUCGUUUGGCUCUUUUAUUGUCCUCCAAAAUGAGCUGCCUGGUUGAUUUGGACCAGAGGCUAAAUAUUCUAGAAGACAAAUUGGUGGGGCCGCAUCUUGAGAUGAAGUUCAAGAGAUGGAACUCCUAUUUCAACGAGUUAAAUAAUUAUGAGACAAGCUUAUCGAUUCAUGGUUUAUCAACUUCAAGUGAUGGAGCGUCAUUGGCGAUACUAUACAGCAUAGAUCGUUUGUCUUUGAGGUACAGAAUCGUUUCUGAGCAGGUUUACAGGAUAUGCUUUUUGCCUCUGAGCGAAACAUGGCAAAUCAGGGCGCCGGCCACCGGCUUAGCUUGGUUCCAAACAUAUCAAAUCUAUGGCCGACAGCUGCCACUAAACUUCUCUGCAGAUGUACAAGAAUCUGAGCUUGACACCACCGAUGACUUCAAAACAUACCUACAAAAGCUUGUUCACAGUGAAGGUAUGAACACCGUCCAGUUCUCGAAUUACAUUAAUGAAGUUAAAGAUAAUCUUCUUUACAAGAAAGCUGUAUACGAUUACGCUGCUGCCCAUUCAGCAGAAAUCACGAACGAACUGGACAGAGCAUGCGUUCAAGCCAUAGCACAAAUACUCGGACUCGAAAGCCCGGUAAAAAUAGACAAGUUUUGCAUGAAAAGCGAGCUGAUCGAAGAGUCGUUUAAUCUUCAAGAAAGUGCGGAACUAGAUGUGAUCUAUUCCGGAGAUGGACAUGUUUGGAGACGCUGCGCGGCUACAUUCCUGCCACUGCUUACCCCGAAAGUAAAGAUUUGCCCAGUCAGCAAGUUUCGCAUUAUUGACGUGAAGAAGGAUAGCUUGAAUGACUACGGAUUCAUGACAAGGACAAUUCUGGAGGUGUUCUGUGACCAAAGUAUUUAUACAGGAACCAAAAUGAUUUAG